CACAAGACCAGAAUGUCGCAAAGUGAAACCGUAGUUGUAACAGGAUUCGGUCCUUUCAGGCAAUACCUGAUUAAUCCCAGCUGGCAAGCCGCUCAGGACCUGAAAAAGUUGGGACUGGGAGAAGAUGUAGAAGUUUACAUUAAAGAGCUGCCAGUGAGCUAUGCUAAAGCCCUGCAACUUGUGUCACAUAUUUGGGAGACUGUAAACCCAAAGUUAGCCGUGCACCUUGGAAUUGCGUCGGGGUCCAAAGUCAUCACACUCGAACAGAGCGGGAAGAACAAAGCCUACAAGGACAGAGACGUGUGCGGCUGCUGUCCCCAUGGAAACGUCUGUGUGGAGGGAGGCCCAGACAAGCUAGACUCCAUCAUAGACAUGAAGUCGCUCACCAGGCUCUUGAAGGGCAUUGGGCUGAACGUCAUUUACUCAAGAGACGCAGGGAGGUACGUCUGCGACUUUGUCUACUACUACUCGCUGCACGUUGGAAAGGGGAGGGCAGUAUUAAUUCACGUGCCAGCAUCGGGCAGCCUAGCUACUCCAGAAAGCCUCGUGCCCCUGCUGCGCACGGUAAUAAUAACGAUGCUACGUCAGCUGGAGGCCUCCACGGAUGAGGACCACGACCAACUGCCCGUGAAGCUUUUUAAUGCCGAGUCUGCAUAGUAUGUUUACGUGUCAUUCUUAUUUAAAACGUCACUUUUGUAGCACUUAGAAGUAACAUUUUUACGUUUUACCAUAUUUCUUUCCAAUCUUUCUGAAGCACUUACAUAUCAUAGAUAACCAUUAGUUGGGUAAAGUAUUUGUAUUUACCUUGAAUUUUGGUAUUCAAGUAGGCUAGAAAGGUAGAUUAGAAAAGAAGGAAUGAAACUUAAAUUCUAAUAUUUCAGCCUUUCAAAAUAGUUUAUUUUCCCCGUAAUGUAAAGAAUCAGAAUAUAUAUACAACAGAAUAUACAAAAAACAUUUUUAAACCUUCUGAAUCUACUGAAUCAUUUAAUAUAAACACAGGAAUUUGAAUAAUUUAUACACAGCAAAUUCUUAGUAACAAAUUGGCCAUAUUCUCUUUAUAAAAAAGCAAUAAAAAAAGAAAUAAAAGGAAAUCAGUUCUGAAACGCUUUCCAGUGGUACAACUGAGAAACAUGAAGUGCUGAAUUGGUAUGUUUAAAUAACCUAUCAACAAAAUCUCAGACCUAUCAGAACUGGCAUUUAAAUAAAAAUAUCAAAGUUUCUAAUAAGCCCGACAUGCAAA